AUGUCAUCUAGCCAGUUCGCCUCGGAGCAUGUUUGCUAUGUAAACUGCAGCUAUUGCAACACCAUCCUUGUGGUCAACGUGCCAAACAAUUGUUCCUACAACAUUGUGACUGUUAGAUGUGGGCAUUGCACGAUGGUUCUCUCCAUGGAUCUUGGACCUUUCCACCAAGCACGCACCGCUCAAGAACACCAGGUGCAGAACAAAGUUAUAUUGAAUAAUUCUGGGAGUUACGACUCUGCUGCAAGGAAUCAGCGGGCAAUGCCCAUGUAUCCGAUGGUGAACAAUCAGCAGCAAGUGUCACCGAUACGCCCACCGGAGAAGAGACAACGUGUUCCAUCUGGGUACAACAGAUUCAUCAAGGAAGAGAUACAAAGGAUAAAGUCAAGCAAUCCUGAGAUUAGCCACCGAGAGGCAUUCAGUACUGCUGCAAAAAAGUAA